AUGGGGGAAGCUUCUCCGCAGUACCAGAAUGGGUACGACCGUCUUCAAGGAUUAGGAUACACAAGCUCUAUCCUCAAUUCGUUUGUCCGGCUAGACGAGAUCCUCCAUAGCGGCCAGGACGUCGUCCUCGAUGGACACUCGCUGGAUUUAAGUUCAGUGGUCGCCAUCAGCAAGUAUGUUAACUUCUUCUACCUCUUCUACCUCAUGAUGCAUAACAUUGCGGCUGCGAUCACAGACAGGCAAAGUGUGCUAUCUGAGCUGGAGCGCAGCGUAGAUUUGCUCGCUCAGAAGCUUGAGAAGGGAGAGGUGAUCUACGGAGUGACUACUGGAUUUGGAGGGAGUGCCGACACUCGCACCAACGACUAUGCCGCCCUCCAGAAGGCACUGAUCCAGCACCACAAUUCCGCCGUGGUGUUGCCACGAGACCGAGGGAAUGGGGCUAGCUCGACGCACCUGGACAGUUUGAAAAGCCAUGCGAUGCCUAUUCCUAUCGUCAAGGGGGCUAUGUUGAUCCGCUGUAAUUCUUUACUGCGAGCGCACUCGGCCGUACGCAUUCUGGUGGUCCGAAAUAUUCUUGCUCUCCUCGCUAACGACAUGACACCCGUGGUGCCUUUGCGAGGGAGUAUCUCCGCCAGUGGGGAUCUCACGCCUUUAGCGUACAUCGCCGGGAUGAUCGAAGGGAAUCCCGAUAUAGCGGUGAAUUGCGGGGAGGGCCAGAACUAUCGAGUCAUCCCCGCCAACCAGGCUCUCCAGGAAGCAGGGUUGAAUCCCCUUACAUUUGGGCCCAAAGAAGGCCUGGGUCUUUUGAACGGGACCGCAUUCAGUUGUAGUGCGGCUGGGCUAGUUCUGUUCGAGGCAAACCAGUUGGUAGUUAUGUCGAAAUUGCUGACCGCGAUGGGCACGGAAGCAUUGCUAGGCUCGCGACAUAAUUACCACCCCUUCAUCGCCAAGGCCCGGCCUCAUCCAGGCCAACAGGAGUCAGCAGCAUUCAUCUUUCAAUGCUUGGCCGAUUCUAAGCUUGCGCAUGGUGCAGAUCCUGAUGGGGAAGGCUUGGCACAAGACCGGUAUGCGCUACGCACUUCGACUCAGUGGAUCGGGCCACAGCUAGAGAAUCUUAGACUAGCACUGCAGCAAGUCCAAACAGAACUCAAUUCCACCACAGACAAUCCACUCCUGGAUCCUGUCGAGGAGCGAGCCCAUCACGGUGGAAACUUCCAAGCAGCAUCGAUAACGUCAGCAAUGGAGAAAACUAUGAGCGCGAUGCAGAUGCUGGGCAAAAUGAUCUUCUCACAGUGCUCGGAGAUUGUCAACCCGAUGCUUAACAAAGGAUUGCCACCGAAUCUUAGCGCUGACGAUCCCAGUCUCUCGUUCGCGUUCAAAGGUGUUGAUAUUAACAUGGCUUCCUAUAUGUCUGAACUAGCAUACCUGAACCACCCGGUCAGCAACCAUGUUCAGUCCGCAGAGAUGCACAACCAGGGCCUGAACUCUCUCGCUUUGAUUACCGCUCGUUAUGCAGGGGAUACCGUCGAACUAUUGGCGUUAAUGACUGCAACAUACCUGUACGUUCUGUGUCAGGCCUUGGACCUUCGUGUUAUGCAUCUUGAGUUUGUCGCUCAAGCGCGCGAAAGGGUGGACGACGCAACUGCGCAGCUGUUCCAGUCGAGCGGCGCAGACUUACAGCUCUCCUCCAUGCAAGAAACCAUCUGGACAGAACUGAUGAGCCACUGGGAGCGGAACAGUACUAGUGAUCUUGAUAAACGGAGCCAAGUCGCCGCCACUAAUUCUGUGGGUGUUGUUCUCAGUCUACUAGGUGAACAGGUCGCAGGUAAAGAACUCCAACAGUGGAAGAGCAGCGUUGCCAAUAUUUUGGAGACGGCGUACGCAGCGAACCGAAAGCUAUUUUUCCAGAACAGGACGACUGCAUCGUAUCUCUGCACUUCAUCACGGAAACUCUAUGGGUUCGUGCGUGAGAGGCUUGGAGUUCCCAUGCAUCGGGGUCUGGUGGAUCAUCCGACUUAUGUAUCCGGCGAGAAAACUCUCAAGGAAUCAAUUGGCUCGCAUAUUGGCAAGGUCUAUGCGGCUUUACGAGGGGAUGAAUUUCGCGAUGUUAUUCUGAACUGCUGUGGCAUUCUCGAUAAGGCCGUCUGGCGCCUGUCACGAUGA